CACUUCCGGGCGCGGCGCGGUGCCGUUGAGCAGACUCAGCCAUGGAAGGUAAACCAUUGUUGGCAUCCAAGCAGAAGACUGCAGUGGUGUGUGGAGUCCCCACUCAGGUGGUCUGCACAGCCUUCAGCAGUCACAUCCUGGUGGUGGUAACCCAGCUGGGGAAGAUGGGUACCUUGGUCUCCCUGGAACCCAGCAGUGUGACUGGUGACAUCGGCAAGCCUGUGCUGACCACUAAAGUCCUCCUCGGGAAGGAUGAGCCCCUCGUCCAUGUCUUCGCAAAGAACCUGGUGGCGUUUGUGUCUCAAGAAGCUGGAAACAGAGCCGUUCUCCUCGCCCUGGCCAUGAAGGACAAGAGCAUGGAGGCGGUGAAGGGCCUGAAGGAGGUGAUCCAGACGUGCCAGGUGUGGUGACGCUGGAGUGGCCACCCCUGCCGUCCGGGAGGGCCCUGCGGCAGCUCAGACACCUCAAGGCUCUGAAGGCGCUCCUUUAGUUAGGAGGAGGCGCUCUCUGGCUGUGGCCCUUGGAGCUGGAAGAAACACAGACACCUCAGGCUGACGUUGGUUUGGAGGCCGACGGCCCCUGUGGAGGGAGGGCAGGAAGCGUGUCCUGAGACGGUUGUGCGUCCUCCCCAGGCCCAGACAGCCCCUCGCGUGUGAGAGCUGACGAAUGAGUCAUGGCCCUCAGUUGUCGGGGGGAUUUUUUUUUAUUAUUAAAAAUAAAUGCAUAUCUACAAA